UCAGACUUCACUCAUGUUCUUUCCUCCACCACACACCCCAUCAUGGAGAUUCAGAUCACAUACUCUAUCCUCUUCACCUUCCUUUGCUUCCUCUUCAUGAUUCACAGACUUUCUUCAAGUUCUAAGAAAUCCCUCAAAACCCUUCCCCCAGGACCAUGGAAGCUACCUCUCAUAGGAAACCUUCAUCAGAUUGGAUCACUACCCCAUCGAUCUCUCAGAGACCUUGCAAACAAGUAUGGACCUUUAAUGCACCUUCAGCUCGGACAGAUGCCCCAUGUCAUAGUCUCUUCACCAGAAAUAGCUAAAGAGGUUAUGAAAACCCAUGACGUAAUCUUCUCCAAUAGACCCAAAAUUGUUGCCAGCGAAACCUUGGCUUAUAACAGUACAGACAUAGCCUUCUCUCCUUAUGGAAACUAUUGGAGGCAACUUCGAAAGAUUUGUACUUUGGAGCUUUUGUCCGCAAAGAGGGUUCGGGAAUUUAGAAGGAUAAGGGAAGAGGAGGUUUCUGGGCUUGUGAAGCAUAUUUCUGAACAUGAAGUUGGUUCUCUCAUGAAUCUUACCAAGAAAAUCUACCCACUCACGAAUUCCAUAGUUGCUCGAGCAGCCUUUGGUCGGAAGACUAGAAAUGUGGAAGAGAUUCUGUCGACUAUGGCGUAUGUGGUGCAACUUGCCAGUGGCUUAUCUAUAUCUGAUCUCUUUCCUUCACUUGAAUUCCUUCGUGUGAUUGGUGGGACGAAAGCUAAAGCUGAAAAAGUGCGAAAAGACGUUGAUGGGGCGCUUAACAAUAUCAUCAUUGAUCACUUGGAAAAGAACGAUGGACAUAUGGAAGAAGUAGAGGAAGAUCUUGUUGAUGUUCUUCUCAAGAUUCAGAAAGAGAAUGACUUAGAAAUCCCAUUAACUCUCGACAAUAUCAAAGCCGUCGUCCUGGACUUGUUUAUUGGUGGAACCGAUUCAGCAGCAACGACAGUAGUGUGGGCAAUGUCUGAGAUGAUCAGAGCCCCAAAAGUAAUGAAGAAGGCACAAGAAGAAGUAAGAAGCGUGUAUCGAAACAAAGGAUGUGUUGAUGAGUCAGAACUUCAUCAAUUAGAAUAUGUAACUGCGGUUAUUCGAGAAACUUUAAGGUUACAUCCACCUGCUGCUUUGUUAGUUCCAAGAGAAAACAGUGAAAUAUGUGAAAUUAAUGGCUAUGUGAUACCUCUUAAGACUAAGGUGAUCAUCAACGCUUGGGCCAUUGGAAGGCAUCCUCAGUAUUGGAAUGAACCAGAGAAGUUUCAACCAGAAAGGUUCAUUAAUAGCUCAGUUGAUUAUAAAGGCACCAACUUUGAGUUUAUUCCAUUUGGUGCUGGAAGGAGGAUAUGCCCUGGAAUCUCAUUUGCUACACCAGUUCUAGAACUGAUUCUUGCAAAUCUGCUUUAUCAUUUUGACUGGAAGCUUCCUAAUGGGGAAAAGAAUGAAGAGUUGGAUAUGACUGAGACCUUUGGUGCUGCAGUGAGAAGAAAAAAUGACCUGCUUUUAGUUCCCAUUCCAUAUUGCACUUAGCUCUAUGACUUCCUAUAAGUGAACGAGAGAAAUGAUUUAAUGAGCACUUGAUCUAUCUAAUUACACUUAUGUGUAAUAAAGAGGUUAUAUAUAUGGUUUCUUUAAUUUGCAGCUAUUUUCUGAAAUAAGGAUGGACAAAUAUGGAAGGAUCCAUCUUAAAGGAUAGUGUAUCCAGUGCGUUUUACUGUUACGUUUUGUUGGAUAAAGUGUUAAGUUACUAUAUCUAUUUCUACAAGGCUUU